ACUGAGAAAAAUAGGGAGGAAGAAAACGGCCGGACUUAGCUUCCCGCACACACCGGAAUCCCCAGUCGCUUACCGCCGGCGCCCUGGGGGCGGGGCUGCACCGGAAGAGAAACCCGCCGGAAAGGGAAGGGUCGCGCGCUUGAAAUCCCUUGCGCUGCUCUCACGUCAGCAGUAGAGGGCGGAAGUGCAGACUGCAGGAUGCGGUUCCUGGUUGCGUUGCUCCUGCUGAGUGUCGCAGUGGCGAGAGGUCUGCCGGCCAAUUCUAAGCCAGACAGCAUCCCAGGUAAAAGUGAUCCUCCGAUUCAGUCCUCAGACUCCAAACCCACGUCCCCGCUUUCUGAGAAGGCAGAGUCUUCUAAGCCGGGAGAGACUAGCAGUCAGAGGCAGCAGCAGCCCGCUAAAGAAGACCCGGAAAAACCGGAGGGGUCGACUACCCCAGCAGUUUCCAGGUCUGCGGAAUCUGGACAGCAGACCCCUUCCCCCAAUCUCAAGUUGGUUGAAUCCCCAAAGCAGCCCGGAACUACAGAUACCAAGUCGACGAACCUUGCACAGAAGCCCCUGUCAUCCGACUCCCAGGGAGAGUCUGGGCAAAAGCUCACAAAAGAUGGUUCUGAUAAGCCCACAAAUGAAUCUGACAAGCCCACAAAUGAUGAAUCUGACAAGCCCGCAAGUGAUGGUUCUGACAAGCCUACAAAUGAUGAUUCAGAGAAGUCUGUAAAACUCGAUACAGACAAGCCCACCUCCAAAUCUUUUGAAGAUAAAGAGUCCCCCAAGAAUGACAAAAUCCAGCCAGAAGCAAAUGGACAGAAACCAACGCCUACUUCCAAAACUGAAUCUGGGGAGAGAGUGGCAGGGGACUCUGACUUCUCAAAGCCGGAGGGAAGAGAGAAGUCUUCAGAGCCUCCUAACGAUGUGGAAACCAAGGAGGUUGAAGAGGGUGAUACUGAGCCAGAAGAGACCUCACCACUUGAAGAAGAGAAUGAGAAGGCGCUGGGCCCUUCCUCCAGCGAGAAGCGAGAGGGGACACUCACGGAGCCUGUGAAUGAUGACCUAUAUAAGGACAAUUCUGGAAACACCAGUGCACAGAGCAGUCACUUCUUCGCCUAUCUGGUGACCGCAGCUGUUCUUGUUGCUGUCCUCUAUAUUGCUUACCACAACAAACGGAAGAUUAUUGCUUUUGCCCUAGAAGGAAAAAGAUCCAAAGUCACUCGAAGGCCGAAGGCCAGUGACUACCAACGUUUGAACUUAAAGCUCUGAAUUUUUGUCUGCAAGAACCUUGUCCUCCCUGCUGAUUUGUUUCCGAAUCAAGAGAUGAAGAGACUGUGACCUCCUCUGGGGUUUGUUGGCAAGUCUGGGCUGGCAUUGCUGAGAUUGCUUCAGGUUUUGCACCUGCACUUUGGCGACACUGUACUCUGGUGAUGUCUUAUCUACUUUGUGUUCCCUUCAUGCUAGUGUGUUCCAUCAUCCUUUCUUCCUUAGCAUACAAGUGGGAGAACAUGUGGGAACAUGGCUGCGACCAAAGGAAGACUCCACCCGAGGCAGGCCACAUGGUGGACCGCCCUCCCAUAGCUUCUUUAUCUUUAACUCUAGGAACAAACCGUAGAGAGGUACUUUCUAGACAAGGUGUAGAUGGUGGGUGGGGUGCUGAUGGGCAGAGAGGGGUUUGAACACUUAUUCUCUACAGAGGCCUCAGCUGUAAACCAGAAUAGCAAGUUUAGAGAGCGUUAAGGUCUGUUCCAUCUGACAGUCUAUAUUUUUCUGAAAGUUUACACUCUUUGGUUGUACUAGCAUAAAAGGGAACUCAGGGUUUCACUUCCAUAGGAAUUUUUUUUAAGUAUGGUGAUGAUCAUUUAGCCACCCCAAUAGGAACUGCUUGAAAAGGGGCAGGUUUAUGCUUUGUGGAAGAAAACACAUAGGAGUGAUUUGGACUGCAGGAAAGGUUUUUCCACAAACUCAGCUUGCCUUUAUUGCCUACAAUAGAUGGAUAAAUACUUAGGAACUUACUGCACUCUCCACACUUUUCCUUGCUCUGUUUAAUGGUCCUCUCAUCCAAGACAUCAAAGGAAUGAGUAAAAUCUUUUCUGUCCUGUGACAUCUGGUUGUGAAACUGUAAGAAAACAAGCAGGUUCCCUGAGAUAACUGAGGAUGUCUUGGAUUAUGCUGUGUCUGGAGUUCCUGUCUAUGUGGUCAUGACUUAAGAGAGUCUCCACUAAUCUCAGGGAUGUGGAAAGUGGGAGGGGGAAACUAGGAGUCCUAUGCUGUUGGAGAGAUCAGCCUGAAAAAGAAAUGGCCCUGGAGUUCUUUCCCCAUGCUGACUGUAGUGUGUGCUUGAAGCUUUUAUUCUUGGCAGGGGCCACUCUGGACAUGAGAUCGUUGCUACUGUUCUCUCAGCUGUGCACAAGUCUUCUGUUGCUUUUUCCAAGCUGAGGAAGCCCUUCUCAGUCUCCUUCAGCCUUCUCCAACACUACUCUAGCUCCCCAUUUUCAUUUUCCCUUCCUCUGUAGGCCCGUUUGUGUGCUUCUGCAGCCUGUAUGCGUGCCCACACCUAUCCUGCUCUGGUUGGUGUUGCUUCCAUUACCUUGCUUGCUCUUCCUGACAGUUACACUUCUCUUCCUUUUUCUCAAGGCUCCUCAGUUAACAGAUCACCCAAUUCAACAGCUCAUUGCCACAGCUUGCUCUUAACACUUGGUAAUAAUGGAUGCUUGGGCUCCAUGCAUGCCAACUUUCUUAGUGUCUCUUGCAAAUUGUCCUUUGCCUUAUCUUAGGGGGGAGGGGAAGAGGGUGCCCAGGUCUCAUUGCUUUGACUGUCUUCAAUAAAUCCACCCAUUCUUCGUCUUCUCCUUGAUUCUCAUCUUUGUCUUUGGCCUCCUACCCAAGAACCCAGUUCUGCUAUCUGCUAAACAACUCAGCCACAUUGUGUGGUUGUCACUCUUGCACCUAUCAGAUUCCUCUGUCUAUCCUUACGUUUCUUUAAUUAUCUGAAAACUCUAGACUACAAACUAGCAACAUUUUUCUUUUUUUAAAAAAUUUUUUAAAUUUAUUUUAUGUGUAUUAGUGUGAAGAUACCAGAUUCCUUGGAAUUGGUGAUACAGACAGUUGUGAGCUGCCCUGUGGGUGCUGGGAAUUGAACCCGGGUCCUUUGGAAGAGCAGACAGUGCUCUUAACCACUGAGCCAUCUCUCCAGCCCUCAACAUUUUUCUUAUCACAGGAGUCCCAUUUCUUUCUGUUUUUAAAGAAACUCUAAUUAGGUAUACUCUCCAUUAAUUUUCAGGAACCACCUGAAUUGGGUUUCUUGACAUUAUUAGUUUUGGAAGCAUCAGUCAUUUCAGAAUGUGCGCUGGUCUGAAGUUUCUGUCUGAAGUUGUAUUCUAGACUGCAGAUUCCUUCUUGGCCUCACCAUCUGACACUCCCUGUUGCCUCUGCCCCCAGCACAGCCUUUGUGUUCCAGCUUCUUGUGGUUGCUCUAUGGUUAGGCUCCCCCCUCCUUUCAGUUUACCCAGGUCUUUGUGUUUUGAAGGACUCAGCUCACAUGCUUAUGUUCCUCCUAGCUUCAACACAUUUGAUUGAUUUUUUUCCAUUCCAUGCUGAUAGCUCUUAACGUCUCCCUUAUCUUAGAACUCCAACAUGACAUAGUUCUGAUGUUGCUGCGAUCUCCCCAAAACUAAGCCCCAAGAGACAGUCAUUGACAUUGCUAUAUGUGCCAGGGACCUCAUGGGUUACAUUUCUUGUUGGAGAUGUAACUGAAACCGGGGCUCACACAGCUCUUCCUAGCUGCUUGUUAUGGCCUUAUACUUGUUGACUUUUGCUUUUGAAGGGCAGGAAGAAAGGUUGAUUUUCAGGAACCAAGAUUGACAGUGAGUGGACGGACACAAGAAGUUUUGCCACAGAGUCUAAAAAGCCUCACCCCUUUGGGCUGCAGACAGUACAGUGGAGUUUGUUUCACUUGAGAAGUUGCACUGAAGGAGGUGGCUCCCACCAAAGAAAAGGCAUUUUCAGGCCUGUGUUUUUGAAGGUAGAAUACUUAAAGCAUAUUUUCCUAGAGAAUGUGUGGAUGGUGAUGGCCUGGCUGAGGCGUCUACACCAGAGGCUGGGCUGGCAUGUGGGAAGCACAUAAAGCCUAAAGUAGCAUUCCUAUAGACAAUAAUAUUCUGAGUGUGCUUUCCUGCGCAGCUUUUGGCUACGAGCAAUUUCUUACAGGGAACCUGCUUGCAUCAUAACAGUUAAUAGUUUGUUUUCCUGCUAUGGUUUAUAGAAGUUCUGGACCAAACACCUAACUAAAUGUGCUAACACAUUUUUCCCUGGAGACAGAGCUUUGUACCCUUAAGAAUUCCCCUGCUAUGGAUGCUCUUUCUUCUUUCUUCACCAAGGCAUAGUGUGCUUUGCACAAGUCUGAGCCAUUUGAAUGUAGAGAAGGGUGUGUCAAGCCCCGGGCCAUGUGGCCCUGUGAAGCAGUUUUCUCAAAACUCUUGGUAGGAAGGUUCAGUUUGGCAUUGCCUUAAGAAAGUUUUAAAGAACUAGAGAGAUGGCUCAGAGGUUAAGAGUUCUUCCAAAGGCCCUGAGUUCAAUUCCAAGCAACCAAAUGGUGGCUUACAACCAUCUAUAGUGAGAUCUGGUGCCCUUGUCUGGCAUGCAGGCACACAUGCAGGCAGAACACUGUAUAAAUAAUAAAUUUUUGAAAGAAAGGAAGGAAGGAAAAGAAAGCUAGCUGUAAAGAGUCUGGUGUGGUGAUGCAUGCCUUUAAUCCCACACUCAGAAGACAGAGGCACCAGGAGGCCAAAAGGAGCAUGAGGCCAGACUGGUCUAGAAUAGCAAGUUCCAGGCAGCCAAAGUUAGAAAGUGAGAGCCUGUUUCGAAAAACGAAAGAAAGCUGUAAAAUGUUAAAAUUUAAUCUAACUACUUCAGGAUGACUCAGCUCAUUUAGUUCCUUGCACAGAUAUAAGCUUAGAAACUCUGUAGUUUGGACCUCAACUUGCAUAGCAUAGCAAACUACCCAUGAAGCUGGCCUCCUCACACUGUGAUAGGAAUUUAAUUCAGACUACCAUGUUAAAUAAAUGAAUGUUGACAUUAUUUUCCUUGUCUUGUUUGCCCAAUUAGUAGAUUGCCACAGUUAGCCAUGUUUUGUAUUUCUAUCUUUUUUGAAACUUAACUAUAAUGGCUUAAUUGUAUUUUUUUAAAGGUUAUUGUGGUAUAAGUAUUUUUCAGCAUAUUUUACUGAGCUUCUGUAAAUGGCAUCUCAGUGUAGUUUCAUAUCAUUAUUGAAUAGAAACCAAAAUAAAAUUCAGUUAUCAAAGCAUUGAAACAUUA